AUGCGGGUCCCCUGCUCGGUUCUCAUGAAUUCGUACACGGUCCCGCGCCUCGGUUCUCGCACGACGUCCGUAAUGCCCGGCCGUCUCGUGACGGUGUCCAGCCUGCCUUUCAGAUUUCACAUUCCAGCCGUCCCCAAGGCUGGGCGAAGCCGGAUCGGGCGCCAGGAGGGACUCGAGAUAAAUAAGCACUCGACGUCCGAGGCUCGCCGAGGCGGAGACGCUGCCGCUACCGCUGCACAGAGGCGACAAGAAAUUGGAGGCGAUAAUAGAGGAAUCAAGGGAGAGGAUUCGAAGGAGAGCGUCACAGGAGAGACAAGCGGCGACAUGGCCCUCGAAGGAUCGUCGCGCUCCUGCGAUCGGCUGCUCACGCUGCUGCUGUGUCUGACCUUGAUGGCCGAGGUGCUGGAGUGGAGCGCGGCCGCGGCGCAGGGCCUGGGAGACCUGGACGCAAGUGACCCGUACUGCCCGUCGGCGUGCCGCUGCGACGAGGACUUCAUCUACUGCAACGACCGCGGCCUGAGCGCCAUCCCGCCUCUGCCGCCGUCGGCCACCGUCCUCUACAUGCAGAACAACCACAUCGACAACGCCGGGCUGCCCACCUCGCUCGAGCACCUGACCACCGUGCGGGUCAUCUACCUGUACGACAACGAGCUGGACGACUUCCCCAUGCACCUGCCGGCGUCGCUGCGCGAGCUCCACCUGCAGGACAACAACAUCCGCGUGCUGCCCCGGGCCGCGCUCGCCCGUCUGCCCCUGCUCGAGAAGCUGCACCUGGACGACAACUCCGUCUCGACGGUCAGCAUCGAGGACCAGGCGUUCGUGGACAACCCGCGGCUGCGGCUGCUCUUCCUGUCGCGCAACCACCUGUCCAGCAUCCCGUCGGGGCUGCCCGCCUCGCUGGAGGAGCUGCGUCUGGACGACAACCGCAUCUCGACCAUCCCCACGCACGCCUUCCGCGGCCUCUCCUCGCUGCGCCGGCUCGUGCUGGACGGCAACCUCUUAGCCAACCAGCGCAUCGCCGACGACACCUUCGCGCGGCUCGCCAACCUGACCGAGCUGUCGCUCGUCCGCAACUCGCUGCAGCGCCCGCCGCUCAACCUGCCCACGGCUCACCUGCAGAGGCUCUCGCUGCAGGACAACGCCAUCACGCACAUGCCCCGCGGCUCGCUGGACGGCAUGCGGCGGCUGCAGCGGCUGGACGUGUCGGGCAACAACCUGACCACGCUGCCCCGGGGCCUGUUCCGCGACCUGGACAGCCUGGCGCAGCUGCUGGUGCGCGGCAACCCCUGGUACUGCACGUGCAGCCUGCGCUGGCUCCACGACUGGCUGCACGCCCGCGGCAACACCAUCACCGUCCGGGGCCUGACCUGCCAGGGGCCCGAGAGGGUGCGGGACCUGGCCCUGAGGGACCUCACCGGACAGAUGGAGGAGUGCGAGGCGACUGCCCCAGCCGCGGGGGCCACCGGGAGCCGAGACCGGGCAGCGGUCGGCGGCGGCGGUGGAGGUGGGGUAGCGUCCAGCUCGACCACUCUCUCUCCGCUCCAGGGCUCGCUGUUCACGCUGCGCUCGCGGCGGCCCAGCCUGGGCUUCCCGGACGCCGGGCUGGACUACAAGCUGAGCAGCAGCGCGGUGGGCAAGAACCUGGCGCUCAACGUCAAGGCGCUGUCGCCCGACAGCAUCCGCGUCACCUGGAGCGUGGCGCAGCACUCCUCCUCCUUCCGCCUCAGCUGGCUGCGGCAGGGCACCAGCGCCGCCAUGGGCUCCAUCACCGAGACGCUGGUCCAGUCGGACCGCCGCGAGUACCUGCUGACCGCCCUGCAGCCGCGCUCCAGCUACGUCAUCUGCAUCGUGCCGCUGGCCACCGUCGGAGCCGGGGCCGGGGCCGGGCCGGGCGUGGGGAAAGGCGCGAUGGCCGUCGAGGACGCCGACCCGGACAACGAGCCCGUGUGCGCCAAGACCGAGACGGCCGACCCCAGCCAGGACGCCGGGCAGGACGGUGGCAACAACGGCCAGGGCUCGGAGCACCUGAGCACCCUGCCACUCGCGGGCAUCAUCGGCGGUGCCACGGCCCUGGUGUCCCUGGCGCUCAUCCUGGCCAUCUUCUGCUGGUACAGCCACCGCGCCGGCUGCCUCUCCUCCCGAGACCACUACACGCGCAACAACUCCUCGCGCAAGAGCAAGACCUACGACGACUACAUCGAGUCCGGCACCAAGAAGGACACCACCAUCCUCGAGAUCCGCGGGCCCAACUUCCAGAUGACCCCCAUGGCCACCAGGCAGCCCCUGCAGCCCAAGCCCCUGCGCGAAGACUACAUCAUCCACACCAUCUUCCCUCCGAACGGCACGGGAGGACUCUACAAACCGCCCCACCAAAUGACUAACACCGCUGGCUACGGCACGAACCGUGGCUACAGAGAAGGCGGCAUCCCAGAUUUAGACUACUCCUACACGUGA